UCUGGUGCGCACGACAACCUACACAGUAAACGCCCCUGAUCUCGAACGGCCCCCGUUUCCAACCGGCGGCGCUAUCAGUCGCCUUGUGCCAUUCAGGAUGUUCGGGAACAUCGCGUUUAUGACUCACCUAACCCCUGCCACAGCGCCUUUGGCGAGGGCGCCUCCCAAGGACGUUCCACCGCCCACGCCCAUCAAUUUACCCCGGUGCCAUCCAAGAGUCCCCGAUGACGAUGACUCGAGUGCCCAGGAUUUGGCCUCCAGCAAGCCGACAAGGCCACUUACUUCGGUACUGCAAACCAUUGUGCGACCCACCGAAGUCUCCAUGUCCCACCUCGAGGCUCUCGGCGUGCAGGUGGUCCCGGAUGCCGCUCCGACUCAGCUUAUUCCAGACCCGGCCUUCAUCCCGGAUUUUGAGGCGUGGCACGCUCUUUCCGCCGAGGAGGUCCAUGCUACGAAUGAAAGUACGCGAAAACGGCUGAACACGGGCAAUCUCUCGCCUGGCUGCCAGACAUAUUUGGAACGCAGACGAGAGCUCUCCAUUGAUAACGAGGCCGCCUACCGCACUAUCCGUAGACUGCCAGCACCGAAGGGGCAGUCACAAGCGCGCUUGGGAAAUGCCUAUGAGUUUUACCGCCACUUAGAAAUGUUCUCCGCUUUCUGGGAAGAUACUUCGAAGCCAGCGUCUCCUGAACCUAGGAAUGACCAGAUUGCGGAGAGCAACUGGGAGAGCGGAGCCACCGGCGCCGCCGCCGAGAGCGGUAAGACCGCUGAGGAUACCUCGGACGCGGCAGGCUUCUACCGGACCGGUGCUGGCCAUCAGAUGCCGCCCGACUACCGCCAGAACAUGAUCACAGCCUUUCUGAAGCUAGUAGCCUACGAUUUCACGUGUAACGUCUCGGCACCUCGCACCGAGCCGCGGCUAUAUAUCACAUCCAAGUCCCCAACCGGCGCGGCGCGAUGCUCUUACUUCUCGUCUGGAUGCACCUUCAUUUUCCGAAGCCCAAACACCCGUGAAUCCGCCCGUGCCGGCAUAGUUGAAGGGCCAGUAGCAGCUGUGAGCGCGAGGCACACGACCUCUUUCCCACCGACAGACUCGGCAGGAUCCCAAGCUGCCUCGCCAGUCGCAGACCGGGAAUCGACCCUAGACCUGGCGCGGGAGCUCGUUGCUGCCCUUAUUACCGCACAACACCGUGCCCGCGAGGGUCGCACCGAGAAGCGCAUCGGUGAAAACGCUUGGUGGUGCACCAAACCCCGCUGGGGCGGUGGCCCAGGCGGGCCUAUCGGCCGCGAGGUGGACGCGGACGAGACCAUCGGCGACAAGGACGCGCCACCGCCGGAGACCCCACCACAGCCAUCAUCUUCCUCCUCUUCCAGGGGGGGAGCAAUGUCGCUGCCGCAAAGACCCUUCUCCCGCCCCUCCUCCCUGCCCGGAAGCGAAAGCAGUAGUUCAUCAAAAGGCGCCAAACGCCUCAAGAAAUCGGGCAAUCACCCCAUGUACGACAAUUACCGCAUGGUUCGUCCGCCGGCUGCCACCUGGGAUAAAAAAACCAGAUACGAAGCUAUCGGCCGCGCAAGGGGAGCCGAUUAUGACGAUAUCUUCGUUCUCAGUGCGCUGUUUCACCAUAUCAGCAUCGUGAGAGUGCGCGUGCCGGAUCGGCUGCUUGCUGUGUUGGAUGGGGAGCCUGAUAAUGACGGUGUUAGUGAGAGUGGCCGGGGAAGGAGGAGCUGGGGUAAGCUAGAGGUCUGGAGGAGCCCCUGGUUUGACUUCUUCAAGGUGGAGGAGCGGGUCAGGGCGAUGCAAUGUGUUUGGAGUAUGAUGGCGUACAUGAUGCGAGAGCAGCCCGUCGAAAACCAGGAGGGAGAAAGUGUGAGCGAGCAGAAGGAGCAAACUCAGGGAGACGUCAAGAUGACGGGGGCCUAAUUCGCCCGUGGAAAACACGCUGGGCUCAUCUUGCUGGAGGGUUCGGGGAAGAGCGAAUUGAUGAGCAGAGCCGGCGGCAGGGAGAAAUUCUAUGCGUGGCGGUCGCGCGGAACAUUGUCGAGCGGUUCAGCGACGGCAAGUUUGACGUCCUUGGCGACGAGAUGCAUCCGGUUCGCCGGGCACUACAUACAACGUUGGGCUUUCACUCAGUACAGUGAACGAUUGAUGACACCAGAUUUCACAACCCAGUGUAAAAUUG